UUUGGAUAAAGUCAUCAUGGAGAUGAGCACCUGUGACGAGCCUCGCCCUCCCAACGGCCCGUCACCCAUUGCAACAGCCUCGGGUCAAAGUGAAUAUGGUUUUGCGGAGAAGGUUGUGGAGGGCAUCGCCCUCUCUGUGAACUCCAUAGUUAUCCGCAUCAGCGCCAAAGCCUUUAACGCCUCCUUCGAGCUCUCGCAGCUCCAGGUCUACAGUGUUAACACCAGCUGGGCCACUGGUGACCUCCGAUACACACGCAUCCUGGACCCCACACGUGGAGAGAUCCUAACAUUUAAGGAAGUGAGCUGGCAGAUGAUCAGGAUUGAAGCAGACGCCAUCCAGAACACAGAACAUGAGGUUGUCAGCGCCCCCAUACGCCUCAUCACCAACCAGUCAAAGAUCAGAGUCUCUUUAAAGAGGAGGAUAAAAGACUGUAAUGUUAUUGCAUCAAAGCUGAUUCUGAUCCUGGAUGACCUGCUGUGGGUGCUGACGGACUCUCAGCUCAAGGCCAUGGUGCAGUAUGCUAAGUCUCUUAGUGAAGCCAUGGAGAAAUCAGCCGCGCAGAGGAAGAGCAUGGCCCCCGACACCACACAGGUAACACCGGCGCCCCCCUCAGCCCAGCAGGUGCGCACACAGCAGGCUUCAGCCACAGCAGAUCAGACCGCUUCUAUGGCACGGCUGUUUAACGCCUAUGAUGUUCGUGAGACCUCACACCACCUUCAAAUCACACAUCUCGACCUGCAUAUCUGUGACGACACCAAUGCCAAGGACAGAGGAAUUAAUAAGAGAUUUGAUGGUGGUGCAAUGCAGUUGUCCUUCAACUCUAUCAGCGUAGAUUAUUAUCCCUACCACAAAGCUGGUGAGACCUGUAUGCACUGGAUGCAUUACGGUGAGGCCACAAAGUCUCGUGAGACCUGGGCCCGUUCUCUCCUGGAUGAGUUUAAGUCUAAUUUGGAAAUGCUCAAAAAUGCAGUCAGUGGCCAGACCCAGAGCUCCCCUCAGCACGGAAAGAUCUCCACCAGCUCCAGCACUUCCUUCUCGCCCCCACCUGCACCGAGAACCCAACUCAUGUCCAGCUCAAUUGUGCUACGGAUGGCAGAUUUCAGCAUCUAUCAGGUGUCUACAGCAGACCAGUCACGCUCAAGUCCUCAAAGCAUGAUCUCCUGCAAUAAGAAAGCCCUCUACCUCCCCCAAGAGAUGCCGGCUAUCCACGCUGAAUUCACAGAGUACUACUUCCCAGAUGACAAAGACUAUCCUAUCCCUUGUCCCAACCUGUAUGUGCAGUUAAACGCGCUACAGCUGGUGCUUGACUCUCGCAGUCUGAUUUGGCUCAAUCUGUUUGCGCUGGACCUUCGUCAGAGCUUAGAACAAUUUAUGGAGCUGUACAAACUCAAUGACUCACAGAAACCUGACGAGCAUGUAGAUAUCAGAGUGGAUGGACUCAUGCUGAAGCUGGUGAUCCCUGCAGACCAGAAGAAGACUCAGCCUGACCAGCCCUGCUCAGUUUCAGUACAGACCUCAGAGAUGGUAGCCACUAACACACGUCACUCUUCUGGAUGUACUCGGUCCAGUCUGGAAGCCCUCUUGCAGGGAUUCCAGGAACAACCCUUCUUCACCUCUCUCUCUUCGUCUUUUCCUCGCUCCCAAAACUCCUUCUCUGUGCUGCAUUCUGUCUUCCAGCGGCAUGCUCAUGAGCAGGACACACGCAUUCAUGAUGUGUACCGGGGCCUUGCUCCACCAUCUCUCUCCACCAAUGCCCUCAAAACACCAGCAGCCACUGACUUGUGGGCAGUGCAUUUUUCCCAGUUCUGGGUGGACUAUGAGGGCUCAUGCAGUGGGCGAGGUCGUCCGACACCUUGUGUGGACUCCUUCCCUCUGACACUUUGGGUAUGCCACCCUGCCCGAUACACUCAGCACCAUGAGAGGCUCAGAGCAGGCGUAGGGUCAGGCCUGUUGCCUCGCAGUGAGUCAGCAGAGAUAGCCAGUCGUCUGCAGAGGAAGAAGCUUCUAAAGGAGUACUACAGCACUCAUGCAUCUCCCAGCAUCAUGCCAAGUAAUGGCCUCCACAAACCACACUCUCUGGAUGGCCUAUUCAGCGACUCCUCUUCGUCUCUUUCCCUUGCUUCCUCAUCCUCGUCCAGUGAAGUAGACUUACAGGUGCUAGUGCACGUUCAGAAGCACCUGAGUGCUCAGGUGAGCCAUGGGCAGUAUGUGUUCCUGCUCAGACUGCAAAAUGCUGUGAAAUCUCUGCAGCGCACUUUACAGCAAGAUCUGGAGCAGUACGGCUCCAAGCGCCAGGGUCCCACGCAACCCUUCAGUGCUUGCGUGGGCGUGCUCAUGAAAAGUGCAGAAGUUGCUCUACUCCUAAAACCUAUUCCCCAACCAGAUUUAAACACCAGCCCCCUGGACUCAGACGUAUCCCCUUCAGAAAGCAGGGCCACUCUUGAAGCCGGGAGUGAGGUGAGCGAGGGGCACGAGAGGCCCUCGGCUGCAGGAGAGGGUACUCAAAACGCGGAUCAGCUCCUUUGUGCAGGGACACAUGCCAUCAACGCAUCUCCUCUCCUUCCUUCCCUAUCUCCUGCUCUGAGAAAGGCGUCUGUGGAUGAGAGAAGUAGUGUGGUAUCUGGAGGGAGGGUGCCAUCUGAGGAGAAGAAGGAUUUGAGAGAAGGAUCUCCCAGUGGGGAGGGCAACAGAACUGAAGCCAAAGGGCAGCAGAGUGAAACCUCACAAGGUGGACCCAUGGUAGUAGAUCCCAUGUCUGACAAUUCCUCCAGGGAAUGGAACUACCAGAGUCAGGGAGGCAGGCUACCUCAGUCCAUGUCCAGGAAAGGCAGUUUAUCAGUGGUCUCUGACCUCUUAACUUCCACGAACAGCAGGUCUACCUCCUUAUAUUCCAUGUCCAACAUUGGUCGUUUGAUUCAGGGCAAGUCGCAGUCGAGUUUCUCAGUGUCCUUUUCUAAGGUCAUGAAGAAAAGCCCUUCGCUACAGUCUCUGGAUGAUCUCUCCAUAGACAGUUACUCACUAGAGGAUUGUGACAGCUACAGCCUGCUGGAGAGAGAUGACGUAUCAAUCUCUGGUUUUAAGGAGGUUCUAAAUGAACAGUUUUCCACAGAAGGGACUAAUGUGACUCUAGCUCAGGAGGCAGAUGAGGCCCAGUCACCUGACGCCAUCAGCGCUGCCUCACAGAGCAUAGAUGAACCCACGAAAGACCUUGUGUCGGUGCUGGUUUUGAAGAUUCACUCGGUCUGCUGUACUCUGGAUCUGAAGGGUGAUGAUACAGCAGUUGCUCUGGAAGUAGGACGGAUCCGACCCAACCAGCUCGGCAACGUCAGUUUGCGGCAGUAUCUUAGCAACCGCAGCCUGGGUUUAGUGUCUACAGCAUCAGUAGCUCAAAGUGGUGAAGAGGAGCUGCUCAUGGAGGAGAAUGAAUGCUUGAAACUGGAGCUCUCCAAAGCCAAGAUGGCGCUAGCGGAAGCCCAGAUGGAGAAAGACUCUCUCCAGCAUCAAAUGAAGACCCUCAAACUAGCCGGCAGGGGCAGCAACAGCUAG